CUCUAAAGGAACAGCAAUAAGAGUAUUUACAAAAACAUAAACCGACAUCCUUGUCCCAAACCCACCACAAUAAACAAAAACAAAUCGCGCAUCUUCUCCACCACGAACAUAGGAAGUGAGAUAUCAAGCACAGCUUGAAAAAGCCCAAAAAAUGGAGCUGCGGGGAAUCGAACCCCGGACCUCUCCCAUGCUAAGGGAAUAUUAUACCACUAAACCACAGCCCCAAUUUGUUGAAAAUUGAAUGAAGAGUAUGUAUCAUGUCGUUAAAAUUAUGCCAAAAGAUCUUUGCGUGGAUCUGGCAUCUAACCGCCCAACCAUGCUUCGGCUCGGAUCCCACUUGCAAGGGCACCGGCAGAGAGACCCGAUUUCCGCCGUGUCUGGAAAUCCCCGGCCACUCCCGCUACUGCAGUGGAAUUAAUUGUGUCCCUGUCCCUGUCCCUGUCCCUGUCCCAGGCUCUGCAGCCGCAGCGCCGAAAACUUCACCAUCACCGAAAAAGGCUAUCCUCAUGAUCGACAGCACAGCAUCCCAGCCUGCAUAUCUGAUUAGUGAUUGUUUGAAUCGUCUAGCCCUUAGAAAUAGGAUCUCACGCGAGACUCCACACCGAGUUUUCGGCCAGUCCCUUUAGUCCAACCAAGAUCACCAUUCAAGCCGCCCAAUGGGGCUUAGCCACACCUGCAUAUCUCACCAACAUAAAGCCAACAUCUCCGUAGC